GAUUACAGGCAUGAGCCACCGGGCCCGGCCCUUAAUACUAUUUUUAAGUGACAACACAUGUCAUAGAAGUAUUAACUAUUGUUACUAGUACCAGUGCCUGUGCCUGUGACACUUUCCUUAUCUGCUAAUGAUUAGAAAAAUAAAAAGAUGUGCUUUCCCAGGCGGUUGCCGAAGAUGGCGGAGGUGCAGGUCCUAGUCCUCGAUGGUCGAGGCCAUCUCCUGGGCCUCCUGGUAGCCAUCGUGGCUAAGGAGGUAAUGCUGGGCUGGAAGGUGGUGGUCGUACGCUGCGAGGGCAUCAACAUUUCUGGCAAUGUCUACAGAAACAAGUUGAAGUACUUGGCUUUCCUCCGCAAGCGGAUGAACACCAACCCCUCACGAGGCCUCUACCACCUCCGGGCCCCAAGCUGCAUCUUCUGGCGGACCGUGCGAGGCAUGCGGCCCCACAAGGCCAGGGAGGCCAGGCCUCUCUGGACCGCCUCCAGGUGUUUGACCAUGUCGGACCGCCUCGAGGUGUUUGACAGCAUCCCACCACCCUACGACAAGAAAAAGUGGAUGAUGGUUCUUGCUGCUGUCAAGGUCGUGCGUCUGAAGCCUACAAGAAAGUUUCCCUAUCUGGGGCGCCUGGUACAUGAGGUUGGCUGGAAGUACCAGGCAGUGGCAGCUACCUUGGAGAAGAGGAAGGAAAAGGCCUAGAUCCACUACCGGAAGAAGAAGCAAGGCAUGAGGCUACGGAAACAGGCCGAGAAGAACAUGGAGAAGAAAACUGACAAAUACGCAGAA